AUGGAAAACAAUCUCGCGCGCGCGGUGAGGGACAAGCAGCCCGUCCCCGAGAUCGACUUUUCCCUGCAUCAGAUGGAAGAUGGCUCACAGGUGUCAACACUGGAGAGAGUUGUCAAAGAGGUCCAAGCGCCAGCUCUAAGCACCCCUCCCGAUGACAUGUUUUGGUCUCCCGAAGACCCUUCGAAGCCCAAUCUCCAGUACCUCAAGCAGCAUUUCUAUCGCGAAGGUCGUCUUACCGAAGAACAGGCCCUAUGGAUCAUCAAAGCUGGUUCCGAUAUCCUCAGGUCGGAGCCCAAUCUGUUGGAAAUGGAUGCUCCCAUCACCGUCUGUGGUGACGUCCAUGGACAGUACUACGAUUUGAUGAAGCUCUUCGAGGUCGGCGGAGACCCUUCGGAGACCAGAUACCUGUUCCUGGGCGACUACGUUGACCGUGGUUAUUUCAGUAUCGAGUGUGUUCUAUACCUCUGGGCGUUGAAGAUCUGGUAUCCCGAUUCGCUCUGGCUUUUGCGGGGUAACCACGAAUGUCGCCACCUGACGGACUAUUUCACCUUCAAGUUGGAAUGCAAGCAUAAAUAUAGCGAACGGAUCUACGACGCUUGCAUUGAUUCCUUCUGUUGUCUGCCGCUGGCGGCGGUCAUGAACAAGCAAUUCCUCUGUAUUCACGGUGGUCUCAGCCCGGAGCUGCACACCCUCGAGGAUAUCAAGGCUAUUGAUCGUUUCCGGGAACCCCCUACCCACGGUCUUAUGUGCGACAUCCUUUGGGCCGAUCCUCUCGAAGAAUUUGGCCAAGAAAAGACUGGCGAUUUCUUCAUCCACAACAGCGUUCGUGGGUGCUCCUACUUCUUUUCUUAUCCGGCCGCUUGCGCAUUCUUGGAAAAGAACAACCUUCUCUCCAUCAUUCGAGCACACGAAGCCCAAGAUGCCGGGUACCGCAUGUACAGAAAGACCCGGACGACCGGUUUCCCCAGUGUCAUGACGAUUUUUAGCGCUCCCAACUACCUGGAUGUCUACAAUAACAAGGCCGCCGUGCUGAAGUAUGAGAAUAACGUGAUGAACAUCCGCCAAUUCAACUGCACACCGCACCCUUACUGGCUGCCGAACUUCAUGGACGUCUUCACUUGGUCUCUGCCUUUCGUUGGUGAGAAGAUCACCGAUAUGCUUAUCGCUAUCCUGAACACCUGCUCCAAGGAAGAGCUCGAAGAGGAGGAGACCCCAACCUCCGCCACUGCCCUCACUGGCCCAGCAUCCCCGCCUCUGCCUAUGGAUACCUCCGAUACUACCGAAAUGAAGCGACGUGCCAUCAAGAACAAGAUUCUUGCCAUUGGCCGUCUUUCCCGUGUUUUCCAGGUUCUGCGUGAGCAGUCCGAGAGUGUCACCGAAUUGAAGACGGCGGCUGGCGGCCGUCUUCCUCCAGGAACUCUCAUGCUCGGUGCGGAGGGUAUCAAACAAGCCAUCCACAAUUUCGAAGAUGCUCGCAAGGUCGAUUUGCAAAACGAGCGACUGCCUCCUAGCCAGGAAGAGGUGUACCAGAAGAGCGAAGCGGAUCGCAAGGCGGCUAUGAAGCGCGCCGAGGACGAAGCUGCUAACGAUGCUGGACUCGCGACGGUUGCACGGCGUAUUAGCAUGUCUGCGGGCGCUGGUCGCAGUCGUCGCCAACGCGAUAGCCAACGGGAUUCCCAGGAUGCCUAG